AUGUUUAGAACGAUUACGCCUAAAAUUGUGAAUAAAUUAUGCGAAAUUUCGAUACACAACUGCAAGCACGGUAGUGGCUUCCUGAUACGACAUGCCCACAGAGCUGCGGUGCUACGGGAAGCCGGCAAACCCGUCGUAUUGGAAACGGUCAAAAAGAUCGAAAAGCUGAAAAGUGAUGAGGUGCGUGUAAAGGUACAUUACUGCAGUUUGAAUUCAACCGACGUUAAAAUCAUUUCCGGAAAGCAUGCCGAACUGAACGUUCCAUUGCCGUUCAUUCCCGGACAUGAGUUCUCCGGCGAAAUCGUCGACAUUGGGAAGGAUAAUCCGCACCAUUUCAACCGUGGCGAUCGUGUGGUGGUAAUGAACGAUCUUCAAGAUCCAAAUGGCGGACUCAUUUCGGAAGCGGUUGUAAAGAAUCGGGACGUAUGGACAGUGCCACAGUCGGUACCGCUGCGUGAGAUGGCUGUCCUACCGUACGGCCAUGGAACAGCCCUGCUAACAUUUGCCUUGCACUGUAACCUGAAGGAAAACGAUUUGAUACUCAUUACCGCCGGACCGGCCGGUAUGGGGCUGGCUGCGAUUGAUUUGGCCGUUAGCGUAUACAAGGCAACGGUGAUUGCAGUGUGCGACACGGAAAGCAGUUCCGAUUUGGUGCGGGAAAAAGGUGCACACAAGGUAGUCAGCAUGACGAAGAAUAACUUCACGAAACUCUACAAAAACGUAAAGGAUGCGAUGGGCGACAAAAAGGCGAAGGUUGCGUACGACGCGGUCGGCAAAGGAUUGUUGCAUCUGCUUGCAGAUUUUGUCGAUCCUAACAAAGGACAGCUCAUCUCGGUUGAUCCAUUCUUCAACGCAUCUAAAUUUCCAACGGAAGUGCCCGAGUUCGAACGUCCCAAGCGGAAGGAGAAGGACGAAAAACCGGAAGAGGUGUCAGGAACGGCAAAGCUCAUCGAAAACGUACGUCACUUCGAUCUGUACGAGUACCCGGAUGUGGAUACGUACCGGCAGAUGAUAUCGGACACGAUCGAGAUGCGGUCGGAGGGUAUGAUAGCGGGACACAUUAGUAAAAUCUUUCCGUUAGCUAAAAUUCAACAAGCAAUUGAGUUUGUGCAGCAGAAACAGUGCACCGGCAAGGUGUUAAUUGAUGUGCAGUGCCCUGAUGGCGAUGAUGAUUGUCCAGAUGCCAAGGAGAAGAAAGCGAAAAGCAAAGACGGGGAGGAGAAGAAGAAAUCGAAGGAUUAA